AUGGAUAGGUUGAACAAGUACUUGUCUAAACAAAAAUAUGUAGUUCAUAGGAGUGAAGGUUCUCCAUACAGAAAUUUUAUUUUGUAUGUUGAGGAAAUUUAUCAAGUUACUGUGGUGUACCCUAUCAAAUAUAUUUUUGAUAUACCUCUAAAAUAUUAUGAAUAUUUCAAGUCCUAUAAAAAGAAAGACAUAGAUAAUAAAAAUUUAAAACAAUUUUGUAAUAUAAUUAAAGAACAACAUGAAAUGAACAAUAAACAACAAAAAUGUUUCUGUUGUUAUUGUCGUCAAGAUAAUAUUGUAUUUCCUUUAUUUUCUCAUUUCAAUUAUAAAAAGGCAAAGUUUAAUUGUAACAAGAAGGAUCAAGAAGAAGAUAUAGUUUUGACCUUAUCGUGUUUAAAAAAGAAAGACAAAAAAUUUCAUUCUUUUUUUAUACAACAGAAUUAUAACUUUUUUAUGUUAAAUGUUACAUUACAACAAUUUGAUUUGAAUGAUGAGUAUUUCAUAAACAUAAAUGAUAAGUCUACUUUAGAAAGAAAAAAUUACCUCCUCGAUUCUUCAAAUUAUGAAAUAGAUGAUGAAGUAUUUAAUGUAAAGAUAAAAUUUAAUGUCCAAAAAAAUUACAGAAAUGAUGAUAUUGAAGGCAACUACCUGUUUAUGGAUUCAAAUAUUUUUAAGGAUAGGAUAAUAUUAGAAGAUUCAUUUAAAGAUGAAGAUAUUUUAAAAAAUUCAGUCCUUGUAAACUCUCAUCAUGUUGAUGAAAAUGGACUUGAAUGUAAAAAAAUAAUCGCUUAUCCGAUUUAUUGGAAUAGAGGAAAAGGAUUGUGUGGAUUAAAAAGAAAUGAAUGUUUUCAUAAACAGCUUUCUACUUUUUUAAAUUCAGAAAAAAAAUUAAGCUCCAAAAAAAAUAUGAGUUAUAAUUAUUCUUUCUUUAUGAUAAGAAAGAUACAUAUGGAUGAAUAUAAUGAGGAAAAUGAAGGAUUUGAUAAAAAAAAUGAAUACAUAUAUAAUAUAAAUAAUCUUAAUAAGAUAAAUGAAAUGACAAAAAAUUACUCAUAUAAUAAUAAUACGGAUACAUAUAAACAUAAUAAUAAUAAUGAUGAUGAUCAUCAUCAUGAUGGUGAUGAGAACUUAUUAGAAUAUAUCCAAAAUAAUUAUUAUAUAGGUUUACAAAAAAAAAGACAUCAUUUUAUAGACAUACAAUCACACAAAAAGGAAAAAUUAAAUAUAUCAUAUGACGAGGAAGGCAUAGGAGAAUCUGUAUCCUUUAUACAUAUUUUAAGUAACUGUUACAAUUAUAAUAAUGAAAAAAAAAUAUCAUGUAGUAUUUAUUUAAGUAUAUGGAAUCAAGAAGAUAUAGAGAAAGAAAUAAAUAUUUUUAUAAAAUGUGAAGAAAGGAUUGUUCAUGACAUAACACAACUAAAAAGAAAAUUAUUUUUAUGUAGAAAGUGUGAAGAAACUAUUCUUAUAAAAUUUGAACCUAUAUAUAAUAUGUUGUUAGCAUCAUGUCAUGUUUUAAUAACAAAAGAGGAAGAAAAUAAUUCUAUAAAAAAUAUAAAUGAAGAUUCUAAUAUUAGAGGUAAAAAUUAUAAAGAGCAACAUUUUCUUUUUCUAAAGGAUAAAGAAAAUAUAGAGAAAACAAAUAAUAUUAAAUAUAAAAAUUAUCAUUAUGAUGAUAUAGUUAAUAUGGAUCAAAGAAUAGAAAAUAAAGAAUAUCAUAAUAUAGAUAAAAUAAAUAAUGAUAAUAAUAAUAAUAAUAAUAGGUACCAUAAAAAUGUAUACAUUAUUAAAGAGAUACCUCUUAAAUUUAAUGAAGAAUUCUAUGGAUUAAACGAUCAUAACAUGGUUAUAUAUAACACAAUGAAUAUUAUUGAAGAUGUAGAAGAUAAUAUAUUAAAAUAUAAAAGGAAAUUAUUCCUUUUUAUGACCAAGACAGGAAAUAUUAUAAAAAUUAUUUUAUUCUUAUUCUUACUUAUAAUAUUCUCUAUUUUUAUAAUACCAAGUUUACCAUUCUGUAAAUAUUUUUUUAUUAAAUUAAAAUGGUUUCAUAGACUAAAAACAAUUCGUCUAUUGACAAUAUGGAAAUUACAAGAUAUUUUUAUAUUUUUUAAAAAAAUACCCAAAAAAUUAUGGAGACUCAUAAAAAAAAUUGUAAAAAAAUGUAAACGUCUCCUUUUUAAAUCUAUACUUUUUAGAAUGUUUACAAAAUAUAAAAAGGAUCAAGAACUUAUUGAUCAAGAGUAUAAAGAAAAAUUAGAAAGAAAAAGAAAAAAAGAAAGAAAAAAAAAAGCCAUGAAAAAAAAAUAUCAACUUCAAAAAAAGGAGAAGGAAAAACUGAAAAAAAAAAGAUAUAAAAAGUUAAUUGAAAAUGAAAAGAUAUUUAGAAAGGAAAUGAAAAAGGAAUUAAUUUAUAAAAGAAAUAAUAAAAUAAAACACGAAAAAAAAUAUGAAAAAAAUUGUAAUAUAAACAACAAUAUGGAUCAUACGUAUGGUCAGGAAGGGAAACGAAAGAAACAUCAUGAUAAAAAUAAAAAUAAAUAUAAAAAUAAAUAUGAUGACAAAUGUGAUAAGAAUGGACGCAAAGGACAAAAGAAAUAUAAUAAUUUAAAUCAUCUUCAUAAUAAUUCAUAUGAUGAUAUAGAAAAAAACGAAUCAAUAACAUCACACACAAAUUCUUCUAAUCAAUAUUAUGAAAAGAAAAAAUAUGAGAAUACUGUUUCUUCUUCUGAACAUAUAAAAAUAAAAAAAAGUCAUCAUAAAAGUAAAUUAAAUACUUAUAAAAAUAUAGAAACAUAUGAUAAGAAUAAUAUAUAUUCUGAUUUCUAUUCUAUAAAAAACAAUGAGCAACAAAAUAAUAUGGAGGAAAAAAAAAAGAAAAAUCGAAGAAGCAUAUCCAAUAUAUCAAAUAUUAAUAAGAAUAAUAAUAACAUACAACUAUGUAAUAAGGAUAAUAAAACUAGUUCAAAAGAUAUUACAUCAUAUGGAAAAUAUAAGAAUGAUAAUGAAAUAUAA